GCAAUUUGUUUACCGAAAUAAUCCAGGAAGUCUCCGAUAGCAGAAAGCAAUGGAAAAGACUUACAUUGGUCAAGUAGAAAAAAUUGCAAUAGCAAUUGUUUUGGUUUUACCAUCAGAAGAAAAAUUAUUCAAAACCAAGACAAAUCCAGAACGUUAAGGUAAACUGAUAUAAUACUUUGGUUAUCAUGAUGGAUCACUUCGGGACCUUCUUCAUUACUUUGUUUGGCUUGUUCUUGGGGUGUCCGUCCAUGAUAAUUAAAACUACAUUACAUAGCAAUGUGCUUCUGCCUUGCAUCCUAAGCUACAAAAAACCCAACAGUUCCAAUGACUUGGUGGUCAACUGGCAGCGUUUGGUCAAUGAAACUGUAGUCCACAGCUUCUUUGAAGGCUCCGAUCAUCCAGAGUAUCAAGAUCGACAUUACCGUGGGAGAACAGAACUCUUUCAUAACCAGUUAUCAGAAGGAAACAUGUCUAUGUUAUUGAGAAAUGUAAUUAAAUAUGACGAUGGAAGUUACACGUGCAAUAUCAUGUUCAAUGACUAUACAGAAUACAGCACUCAUCAUAUUCAACUUGUGGUACAAGAUUCCAGUUCCCUGCUUCAGGAUGCAAAAAUCAAUAACGCAGAUGAUAAAGAUUUACCAAGUGCAAGAUACAGAUUAUAUGUGCUUGCAUUUACUCUGGUUUUAGUUCUUGUGUUGUGGCUGGCUAAUGAACGAAAAAAGAAAGAAGAAGAAGAAGAGAUCCAAAACUACAGGAAUAAUAUCUGCGCAAUAUUACCAUUUAAAGACUUUGCGUUUCAAAGAGAUUUGCACAUUGUGGAUAUCAAUAAAAAUUCUGCCACAAAUGACAAGGGAUAUUUUGACCUUACACCAAAAAUAAACGCAAUUGACUUACUGAAAAACAAAAACUUGGUGUCAGAGAGGAUGCUUCUGGUAGGAAAUUCUGGAACAGGAAAAAGUUUCCUCUGCAAGCUGCUUCAAAAGAAAUGGGCAAAUGGAAAAAAACUGGCAUAUAAAUGCAUUCUUUAUUUAUCCUGUAAGAAAAUGACAUGUAACCAAGAGUUCAGUCUAAACCAGCUUUUAAAAGAAAAAUGCAAAGCACCUUUAGGUGUAGUUAAUAAAUGUAAAGCAUCAUCACCAUUCACUUCCAACUCUCAUGAUUUGCUCCUCAUCAUUGACAAUGUUGAUGAUGUAUACCAUAAUGAGGAUGACAGCUUGAUGUCACGUUGCAGCAUUGAUACUGUCUACAAAGUAAAAGACUUAUUGUUGAAAAUCUUUAAAAGAGAACUUGUUGCAAAAAUAGAUGUCCUAUGUGUCUCCAAUUUCGAUACAUUCAGCGAGCUAAAGAUGCAUUUUAAGCGUGCGUUUGUCUUCUCAGGUAAUUCUGGUGUAGAGACAGAGGAGCUAUUUACUGAUAUUGGCAAGACAAGUGAUAUCAAAAAAGAUCCAAGGAAAGAAACGGAAUUGCUGAAUUUUGCUAGUAUGCCAUAUUUUAUCAAUACAGUCAAAAUUAUUAGGUGUAAGUAUUUAAAAAACCCAAGUAAGAUGUUUAUCCGUAUGUUCCUGUGCUGUUUGCAGGAAAUAAAUGAUAAGGAACUGGAAGUAACUGUAUUCAAACAGAAGGCAAAUAUGGCCUAUAAAAGCCUCAAUGAGAAACAGACACUCGAGAAGGUAGAUCACGAUGAUAUUCUGAUGAAGAAUUGGAAUGAAGUCCUGAAUACAUGUACUGUUUAUCAACAUAAUGUACUGCGGGACAUAUUAGCAGCCAUACACUGUGUAUGGACAAUUCAGACAGAUGAAGAAUUAAAAGAAUGCCUGAAUUUCUGGGUUUUUGCCAAAAACAGUCAGAAUAAAAUUGUGCUUAUACCGGCUCAUAGCCAUGUGCACAAAUUCUUUCACUUUAUCAAAUUCUUCUUGAGACUUUUGGUUUAUCCUGAUUAUGAAAGCCUGAAAUCAUGUGACAAACCUGUAAUGGAAAGCAGUGUUAGAGAUGCCCUGAUGGAUUGGUUCAGUGCUUCUCUGGAGAAGUACAAUACAACUCACGACCAUCUUAAACUGAUCAAUUGCCUAUAUGACCUUGAGGAUGAGCAGAUUAGGAAAAGAGUGUCACCUUUCUUCAAGAAACUCAACUUUUGCAAUACCCCGCUAACCUACAUGGAUAUACAGGCAUUGGCAUACAGUUUAAAAGACUCAAAGUUGGAUGAGUUAGAUCUUCGUUUGUGCACACUCAAAGACACAGGUGUCACACAACUGAAAGGAAUAAUUAAGAACACAAAAAAUGUCUUGUUGAGCUCUAAUAAGCUAACCCAAGAAUCUGGAUAUGUUUUGAGUGAAGUGCUAAGAGAUCCAGAAUGUAUAACUGAAGAAAUGUCGUUGGGAACCAAUGACUUGGGCGCCUCUGGUGUUCAAGCCCUUUGGGAAGCUCUGGGAAAAAACAAGACACUAAAGAAACUUUAUCUAUAUGACAACAACAUUGGCGAUGAAGGCACCAAGGGGAUGAUAAAAAACUUGAACGAGAACAAUGUGCUGCAGGAACUACAUUUGUGCGGAAAUACAUUUGAUGAAAUGGGAUUGACAAAUAUUGAACAGCUGAAAAUCCAAAAGAGAAAUAUGAAGGUUGUUCUGAGGAUUGCUGAAGAUGUACAAUUAUUUAACUAUGUGGAGGAGGAGAUCAACAGCUUAUCUAAGACAUGGCAAAACUAUGAUCAAGACUGGUUAUUUACGAUUCUUGAAACUAUACAGAAUGACCUGUCAAAGAAGGACUACACUUGGGAUCCUAAUGUAUUAAAAGAAAAGGUCCUCAAUCUCAGUAAACUAAUUGAUGGUUUGAAGACUAGGAUCCAUCCAAAUCACAUGCGCUUUAUGUGCCUUAAGAAAACAAAAGAGCAAUGUGCAGAACCAUAGCUUAAUUGCUACAAUAGCAUUCAACUAUAAUGUUAUAGUCAUUUUAACUAUUUAGAUUAUUUGGCACAUUGCAAGGGGGGGGGAGGUGUGUGUGUGUGUCCAAAUAUUUGCAUUGUUUCUAUUUGUAAAUUUAGAUGGCUUAUGUUUUUUUAAAAAAAUAUAUUGUGCGGGGGCGGAGCCUGGACGCCAAGCCGAGCAGACGCAUCUGCCACGAGCUCCUGCAGGACGGGCCAUAAAAACGGGGAAAAGCGGCAGCUAUAUGGCACAACGACCCUUAAGGGUGCACCACCCAUGCCGGGGGUGCACCGCCGAUCCGGUAGACACUACCCCGGGGCCUGCCGGGGCCGUGCGCACGGAGAUGCAGCCGCGGCCUACUGGGGCUGGAGCCGGGGGGAGACGGCCGUUCUCCUCGGCGACGGAGCCCACAAGCGACAUUACUGCAACCUACCCCCCCCCCAUGGACUGGUGGGGGAUAUCCCGGUCUCUGCUGGAAAACUCUACCUAAGCGGAAAGCUGACAAGCGAGCCCCACGGUACGCAGGGGCAACAGACUACCAAGGCCCUAUCAAAAUGGCCGCCCAGCACGGGCCCCAGCAGCAGGUCGCCCAACCCAAGCUAUCCACUCCUCAACGAGAAAACCUUGACUGGCUCUGCACAAGGCUUUGGGACAUGCUACACAGCAGAGGCAUAACCUACUACAAGGCAGAAACAAUAGUAGCCUUGUGGAUCCGACCGGCGGCACGGCGCAGUCACUACAGGCGCAUACCUCGAGCCUCCAGAGCGGCUGUUUGGCUAUACAGGUUCCAGCAAGCCUUAAAGAGGGACAUUGCACCAGGUCUCUCGCACGCACGCUCCCACUUACUGAUACACAAAUCCGGGACAACCACACAAGCUACUCUAAUAGGGUACUCACCAGACCGGACUAAUAAUGGUCAGCACAACUUGAACCAGCUCCCGACCGCCAUCACUACGACACAAGGGUACGUGCGGCUGCACACCCCCAAAGGUACCACCGGAGCUGAUACCUGGCAUAGAGACACCACGUCCAGGGGCUCCGAAACUGUAAGGCCGUAUCACACACCCAUUAUAUCUGGGGCAACCCAACAGCAGCACCAAGGUACGACCAACCAACCCCAUCAACCCACCUACUAACCCCGAACGGGGACCCAGAGACACUCUAAAGGGGCAUCAGGACUUUGCCUGACUGGCGUGGGCUGAACAAAGAAUACCUUACAAAAUGUCUACCUUGAGGACUAAAACCACUUGUGCCGAUUAACCCACUAUCACCCAGCAGAAUUACCCUUACUUUAAAUUACUCUUGUUUGUUUUGUCCGGCGUAUAGCCUCAUUAGACUACUCAUUAUA